AGUGGUAACGCAACUCAGUAUCAGUUUGUCUCUGGUGGAUUGACCAGUGUACAAUUCAGCGAUGAAUAUUUUUUCGGCAAAGUUUAUAGCUUAUACUGUGUUGAUAAUUUCAACAUACCAUAUCCAGUUUGCAGAAUCAGUUGAUUGUUUUAAAAAAACAUAUCAUGACGAAGGCCGGUUGAAAAAGUUUCUUCUUUGCGGUUCAUACGAUGCGAAUCAACGCCCCGUCAAAGAUAUGAAAUUUGCGGUGAAUGUUAGCAUAGUGCCAAUGUUGAUGGGAUACGAAUAUGAUGAGAGCACCAAUUCAUUGAAUGCUAACAUGUUGAUUGCUAUGCAAUGGAUUGAUGAAAACUUGAAGUGGGACCCUAAGGACUACAACAAUCAAUCCAGUAUUGCAAUAAACUCGGAACAAAUAUGGAAUCCUGAUUUCCAGCUGUAUUCCUCAACCGCAAAAUUCGACACUAAACAAAGCUGCACCAAUCUGCGCUGCCUGGUGAAAUCGGAUGGCACAGUCAUAGCAGUGCCGUCGUGCGAUUUCAGCGCCCGCUGCGAAGCCGAUUACACCGACUGGCCCCUCGAUACCCAAAGCUGCCGGAUGCUGUUCGGAGCCUGGAUGGAACAUGCCGGCGAGGUGGACUAUCAAACCCGAUUCGCUUGUCUGGGAUCCGAACAGUCGAACAUGCACACGCAAUGGCGAGUGGUGUCGGCGAAAAACUCCAAAAAAGAGGCAACAUUCAACAACGCUACGUACCCUACGUUGAUUUACGACUAUAUUCUCGAGCGCCAUUCGGGCUUCCAUCUGGCGGGGAUGUUGACGCCCAUUCUUCUUCUAAUCGUGAUGAAUCUGUUCCUCACUUGGCUAAAAACGGACUCUAUCGAGAGGAAGCUUCUACUGGCAGUUUCCAUUAUCUGCCAUUUCUAUUUUAUGGUAUUUAUUCAAUGGGCCGUUCCAAAAAAUGGAGACACCGUUCCUGGAAUAUUACUUUUCUAUCGUAGCUCAGUGAUUAUUACGGCGAUUCUGCUAAUUCACACGCUAAUUGGAACAGCCAUAAAAGGUCUGCAAGGAUCACCACCUGCUUUAGUAACUCUAGUGGCAGGCUCUGUCAUCCAGAACAAAAUUGGCGAAUUGGUUCUAGCAAGAGACUACAUGACUGUUGAGUAUAAGAAAUCGAAAAUUGCUCAGCCCGAUGGAAAUGAACAUGCGGAAAAUCAAAAAACUUGGAAAUCUCUCAGCCGAAUUAUGGAUCGCAUUUUAUUCCUUGUGUUCCUGGCAUUGUAUGCAGUAUCGUUUAUAAUAUACAUCCCACUCAAAUACACUUCGCGCUUUGGUGCUUAUGAAUUGCACAUUCUGUCGUACAAAGAUAUAAACCAAUUCUAAUGAAUAAAUGUAAAAGUCUAUCACAAACACAUAAUUAAAAAUUAUUUCAUUGGAUACUUUAAAAAGAGGAAAUACUAAGAAAGCAGGGAAUCAAAAUUAUAAAACAUUGGUUUUAUAGCAGACGAGUUAUAUUAUAAGAGUCAAGAGCCUUGGGCAAUCAAAUUCCAACUAACUUAAAGGAAAUAAUCAUUAUGCUCAAAAAAGCAUAUAUUGGCCUACAGAUAAAAUGUUUAGAAGACAUUUAUAACGUAAAAUACAUCGGCCACCGAGUAAAACGGGUCACCUUA